AUGCCAGAGAUUCGAAGACCUUCUGUGAAUAUGUGAAUCGACUAGAUGUACCCCCGGACCACAUAAUGGUCUCCCUUGAUGCCGUAUCCCUGUUUACAAACGUCACCAAGCCAUCUGUCAUUCAUGACGUGAUCAUGAUAUGGGACAAAAUCCGGGAAAAAACUAAAAUCAAUCUUGAUUUAUUCCUGGAAUUGGUUUCAUUUUGUAUGGAUGCCAGCUUCUUCUGCUUCAGAGGAAAGUUUUUCCAUCAACGGUCCGGUACAGCUAUGGGUAGCCCGCUGUCACCGGUGUUAGCGGACAUCGUGAUGGAUAGCAUCAUCAGCAGAGCAAUCAAUGCAGCGAACAUCCCACCGCAGUUCAUACGAAAGUAUGUGGACGAUCUGUUCUUGCUGAUCCACAAAGAUCGUGUCCAGGAGGUGCUGGAAAUAUUCAACCUACAAGAUGAAAACAUCAAAUUCACGUGCGAGGUUGAAGUGGACGGAAAGUUGCCAUACUUGGAUAUGCUGAUGAUCCAAACGGGUGAAGGAAGAAUAAAAACCGACUGGUAUUCCAAGCCGAUAUCGUCUGGCAGAAUAUUGAAUUUUUUCUCCUUCCAUCCCAUUCAUCAGAAACUCGGGGUUGCAACGAACUUCAUUAAUCGAGUACGCACCCUGAGCACCAUCCGGACCGAGGAAGAAAAGAAUCAACUCAUCCGAUGCCAGCUCAAAAGCAAUGACUACCCACUGCAUCUGAUAAACAGAAUGCUGCAUCAACCGAGACCACCCGAAGUAGCGGAAACUCCGAACAUGUACCGAUCUGUGGUGCACAUCCCCGGCCUAACACCAACCAUCAGGAGAAUACUGAGGCAAAAUGUCCCGUCGGUAGGCAUCGCAUGUAGCAACAACAACACAGUGAAACAACUGUAUAAAACAGCGAAAGAUCCCGUUCCAUACAUGCAAAAAUCAAAUGUCGUCUACAAAAUAGCAUGCCGAGAUUGCUCCGGUUGCUACAUAGGUAUGACCAAGAACCAGCUGCGUACGAGAAUGUAUGGUCAUCAAACGUUGGUAAACACGCUGGAUAGGAAGCUAUCAGCUGGACUCCCAUACUGUGAUCCAGAGAUACAGCUACUAUCACAGAAGACUGCAAUGAUGGAGCACUGUGUACAACAGCAGCACAGAUUCGAUGUAGGCAAUCCAACAAUCGUCGACUGCUGUUUCAAAACACAGGCUCUCCCUGUUUUGGAAAUGUGUCAUAUUCUCACCACUCCACAAGCAGUAAACCGUCGUACCGAUACGGCAGACAUGAGCGCUACCUAUAGCUUUCUCAUCGCAUCGGUAAACGAUCUCCGGAGAGAAAGCGGACGGACAGAUAGAUCGAACAACCAACACACUGAUGCAACACACACAACACAACACAGAUUGGAAACAACAGAUCAGUAGGGGAAAUAUUCUGUACCGACCGGCUGAUAGCAGGUAGUAUCCGUACACCAGCUAGGGAAUCCCCCAAACCAAACCGGAACGAAUGGCCCAAAAGUGUACCAGACGGCGUGACCCUUUACAACCCGACUGUUUAAAUAUUUGCAAAAUUUGUGUGACCUGUUGAUUUGUGUAUCGAGCCCUGAAGAUGGUCCAAUAGCCGGACCGAAACGUCGGCGAUGAUAGAAGAUUAAUCAACGCAAUUUAUUAGACUGAGAGCCGAAAAUUCCAAAGUCAA